CCGCGCCGCCGCCGCGCUCAUGGCCUUCGCCGCCCCGCUGCUGUUCCGCCUGGGGUACAGCCUGUACGCCCGCACACGCCUGGGCUACCUGUUCUACCAGCGGCAGGUGAAGAAGGCGCGGGAGCGGUACCCGCACGGCCACUCCGUGCCCCAGCCCUACUGCUUCCCUGGGGUGAAAAUCCUGCCCAUUCCCGUACUCUCCAACAACUACAGCUACCUGGUCAUCGACACUGGCUCCAGCCAAGCGGCCGUCAUCGACCCCUCUGACCCCCUGGCUGUACAGGCUGCCAUCGAAGAAGAGGGGGUGAUGCUGGAAGCCAUAUUCUGCACACACAAACACUGGGACCACAGCGGAGGGAACGAGGCGCUCUGCCAGAAGCACAGCUCCUGCAGGGUGUAUGGCAGCGCUCUCGAUGCCAUCCCACGGCUCACCAACCCACUUGCAGACAGGGAGAAGGUGGCCGUGGGCUGCCUGACCUUCGAGGCACUCGCCACUCCUGGCCACACUGUGGGCCACAUGGUCUAUGUGCUGGAUGGGGGCCCCUUCGGCAGCCCCCCCUGCCUCUUCUCUGGAGACCUCCUUUUCCUCGCUGGCUGUGGCAGGCCGUUUGAGGGCUCCCCUGAGACCAUGCUGGCCUCCCUGGACGUGGCUGUGAGCUUGGGCGAGGACACGCUGCUUUGGCCAGGCCACGAAUACGCACUGGAGUGCCUGACCUUCGCCAGCCUCCUGGAGCUGGACAAUGCCGCGCUGGAGCAGAAGCUGCAGUGGGCGGUGCAGCAACGCCAGGAGAAGAGGAGCACGUGCCCCUCCACGCUGGGGGAGGAGCAGACCUACAACCCCUUCCUGCGGACCCACCGGCCCGAGCUGCAGGAGGCGCUGGGACUGUGGCAGGCCGCGGGGGAGGAUCCCGACGCCUUCCGUGCCCGUGUCCUCAAGGAGGUGCGGAGGCGCAAGGACCUCUACCAAGCCACCUAGAUGUGCCCCCCCUGCCUGGGCCCGCCCUUUCCACAGGGCAGGGUGAUGGCUGGGUACAGGGGCCCCAAGACUGUGUGGUUUGUUUGGCUGUGAAUCUCCCUCCUGGGGUGCAGAGCUGGGGGAGGGGGAAGAGUGGACACCCCCUUGAGUGGGCACCCCAUAAGUGAUCCUUGCCUUUGCUCCCUCCACCUUGGGGGUCACCAGCUGUCACAUAGAAGCACCUCAAUCCCCUCUCGGGGGGUCUGUAGCCCCCCACUUCACUGCUGGGGCUAUAGGAAUGGCACCAAGGGCUUCUCCUACAAUUUCCCCCCACUCCCCCGUUUUUCUGGGAGUCUCCAAUUUCCCCUCCACCACUACCACCUCUCAGUCCCCUCCCCUUAAGCCCCCAGUGUUGUGAAUCUCCUUUGUGGGGGCUGGGAUGGAGCCAGCAAGGGGAGGCGGGCCGGCAGUACUACCUCCAGGCACGGGGCUCCCAUCCUUGACGCCGGAGCCCCCCCUGUACGCACACACACGCACACACACGCUGGGACGGGGCCAGAGGGUCGCACUGCUGGGCUGUGGGGCGUGCUGCUUCGCUGGGGAUCGGAGCCACAAUCACCCCCACGCCCCAAAUAAAAGACUGGAUCAAUUUUACACCUGUUCGUCCUUUUGUCUCCCCUCCGUGAGGACCCCCCGGCGCUAAACCCCGCGG